AAGAUUAAGAAAUCAUUACGAAUAUAUUCGUAAUGAUACAGAUAAUACAAAAAUGACCUCUAUUAUUAAAAACCAAAUUACUGCAUAUUAUUAUAUCGUUCAGAGAUAUGCAAAUAAUUACCAUGUUGAUUUCAUAUUAACCGAUUUCACACCAUUUGGCAAACCCAAGGAAAUUAGUAUGCCUGCAAUAUUAAUUAAUUUCAUAAAUUCUGUUUAUUCUUUGUCAAUGCUUGUUGAGAUAAAGGAAUGGACACAUAAAAAUCUAGAUAACUCCUUAUUUUGGAACGCGCAAUACAAACUAUACCAGCGCUCAUCUGAAAUCGAGAAGCACAAAAAAUCUUAUAUUAAUACGUACAAGUAAUUUAUUAUUCAUAGUAUUUACUUUAAUCAAUCGAAUAAACCUGCGUGAUAUUAAACCGGAGCUAUUUUAAAUUGCCCUUAGAUUCAUUGCCGGAAAUAAAAAACCGUCAUAAAUUUAAUAUGUACAAUAACGAUUUUCAAUAUUAAAAUGUA